AACACACACUCACACUAACUUAGGAAAGAGAAAGUCUUGAGCUCAAGAGGGAAGUUCAUUUCUUUGUUUAAUUUAAUUAAAAAUUUUUGUUUUGUUUUUUUUUUUUUUUUUUUUUUACAGUUGCCCAAAAGCUAAAAAAAUUUCCCAAAAGAAAUUUGAGUUUUUUGAUUGAUUUUGUUCUUGGGUUUUUUAGUUUUUAGGUGUUGGCUUUUUUGGGCAUGCUUUUUGGUUUUCUGCACGUUAAUGAGAUGAGAUCAAAGGGUUUUGAUUUGAGGAGCUCUCUGGGUGGUAAUGGUGGGAUUUGGGAGCUAGGGUUUUAAAGCGUGUGGUGAUGGUGGGUUGGAGUCUGCUGUAUUGCUUGGAUCUGAGGGUGUUUAGAUUGAGAUUGAGAUUGAGAUUGAGAUUGAGAAGCUUGGCAGUGUGAAAUUUCAGGGUGAGUGUCAGAAUGGGGAGGGAGAGCAUGGGUGGAGCUUUGUUUUUCAUGGGCUUGAUCUUGCUGGUGCAUCCAUUAUGGCUUGUCUCUGCUAACGUGGAAGGUGACGCAUUGCAUAGCCUGAGGACCAACUUAAAUGAUCCUAACAAUGUCCUGCAGAGCUGGGAUCCUACCCUUGUCAACCCAUGCACAUGGUUUCAUGUUACAUGUAACAAUGAUAAUAGUGUAAUUCGAGUUGAUCUUGGAAAUGCAGCUUUAUCUGGGCAACUAGUUCCACAGCUGGGACUCCUUAAGAAUUUGCAGUACUUGUGAGUCCAGCCUUGCCGUGAAAUAUUAGCAUUUUCAUUUCUUUGUUCCUGCAGUUUAUAACAUUCCAAAUGUAGAAAGGUAGUCAGUGGUUUGGAAGGAAUGUUGUCUUCUUCUUCUUCUUCUUCUUCUUCUUCUUUCCUUUUCUUUUCUUUUCUUUUUUCUUGCCAAAGGUGAACAUAAAGGAGCUAGAGGGUUGUCAAAUUCUGUUCGCUAAAAUGUGAUUGUGUAGUUGUCAAAACAAGAAAGUGAGCCAAACUACAGGACUCAUUUGGUUGAUAUAGAGGAUCAUGCUCAUAUGUUCCAUGGAGCAAGGUCACAUAUAGGUUGUCAAAUGUUUCUCAUUUCUUGUCUAUCUACUACUGGAGUUUUCCUAUUCAAUAUGAUGAAGGGCAUUCAUAUCUUUCAAAUGAUGGUUUCUGAAAGCAGCUUAUUUAUUCAAGUUUGUUUGACUUUUGCAGCUGUAUUCAUUCAACUCUACAGUAACAAUAUAAGUGGACCAAUUCCCAGUGAUCUUGGAAAUUUGACGAGCUUGGUUAGCUUGGAUCUUUAUUUGAAUAGUUUUACUGGUCCUAUUCCAGAGCCGUUGGGCAAGCUGUCUAAGUUGCGGUUCCUUCGGCUUAACAACAACAGCUUGACGGGUCCCAUUCCAAAGUCAUUGAUCAAUAUCUCCUCACUUCAAGUAUUGGAUCUGUCUAACAAUCAUCUUUCUGGAGAGGUUCCAGACACUGGCUCCUUUUCACUGUUCACUCCCAUCAGUUUUGCUAACAACCCGGAGUUAUGUGGUCCUGUUACUGGGCGCCCUUGCCCAGGAUCUCCUCCAUUUUCUCCUCCUCCUCCAUUUGUUCCACCAACCCCAAUUUCUUCACCAGGUGGAGUUGGUGCCACUGGUGCUAUUGCUGGAGGAGUUGCUGCUGGUGCUGCCUUGCUUUUUGCUGCCCCAGCAAUUGCAUUUGCAUGGUGGCGUCGGAGGAAACCUCAAGAAUUUUUCUUUGAUGUUCCUGCUGAGGAGGAUCCAGAAGUCCAUCUGGGGCAGCUUAAAAGGUUUUCACUGCGAGAAUUACAAGUUGCCACUGAUAGUUUUAGCAAUAAAAACAUUCUGGGGAGGGGUGGAUUUGGUAAGGUUUACAAAGGACGCUUAGCAGAUGGUUCCCUGGUGGCUGUAAAAAGACUAAAAGAAGAGCGCACACCUGGUGGUGAGUUGCAGUUUCAAACAGAAGUGGAGAUGAUCAGCAUGGCUGUGCACCGGAAUCUCCUUAGGCUGCGUGGUUUUUGUAUGACCCCAACAGAACGACUACUUGUAUACCCCUAUAUGGCUAAUGGAAGUGUUGCAUCUUGUUUAAGAGAGCGUCCUCCAUCACAACCACCUCUUGAUUGGCCAACUAGGAAGCGAAUUGCAUUGGGAUCUGCACGUGGUCUAUCAUAUUUGCAUGAUCAUUGUGACCCGAAGAUUAUUCACCGUGAUGUGAAAGCAGCAAAUAUUUUGUUGGAUGAGGAGUUUGAAGCUGUUGUUGGAGACUUUGGGUUGGCCAAACUAAUGGACUACAAGGAUACUCAUGUAACUACAGCUGUACGAGGCACAAUUGGACAUAUUGCUCCAGAGUACCUCUCGACUGGGAAAUCGUCUGAGAAAACUGAUGUUUUUGGAUAUGGGAUCAUGCUUCUAGAGCUAAUUACUGGGCAGCGGGCCUUCGAUCUUGCUCGGCUUGCAAAUGAUGAUGAUGUCAUGUUGCUUGAUUGGGUAUAUGCUUCUGAUGCUUUCUUUUCCCAUUUCAUCUGAAACAUGUUCUGAUUCUGCUUCAAGAUCUAGUUAUGCCAUAGGGUAAAGUGGGUAGGGAAAUCUCAGUUUUGAAGAAUAUUAGCAUUGUUGAAUAGGAUAAGACCUGCCAAGCCUGCUUACUUGUACUCAAAGGGAAUGAACCUUGUUGAAAAAA